GCAAUACGAGUGGACAUCAUUAGAAGAAUGAUUUGAAGCAAAUGAUGGAAAGAAAAUAUGGUUCCUUCUCCUAUUCUCUGAAGUCACCAGCCAAACAUGAAAUUCUGUUCUAUCCGGAUAUAGAGUGGCACAAGGUUUUAGACCUCAAAGACAUGCAAGGGCCAGGUGGGCAUGUGAAUGAGUGAAGUAAGGUUAAGAUAAUAAGCAGAAAAGAAUGGUGGGGGCUGUCAUGAAGUGGAGAACACAUGUCCCACUUAAAGGGACAGCAGCUUUCAGUUUCACUAGUCCUUGUCAUGCAGGAAUGUGUAUCUAGUGUGGCCAAAAUUUCUAAAUUUUUUUUUUUUUGAGGGGAGAAGAUAUUCAUGAGGCACUUGUACAAAUUUUUUUUUUUUUUUUUUGAGACAGAAUCUUGCUCUGUUGCCCAGGCUAGAGUGCAAUGGCAUGAUCUUGGCUCACUGCAACCUCCACCUACCGGGUUCUAGCAAUCUCCCACCUCAGCCUCCUGAGUAGCUGGGAUUACAGGCACCCAUUACCAUGCCCAGCUAAUUUUUCUAUUUUUAGUAGAGAUGGCGUUUCACCAUCUUGGCCAGUCUGGUCUCGAACUCCUGACCUCGUGAUCCACCUGACUCAGCCUCCCAAAGUGCUGGGAUUACGGGUAUAAGCCACCGCACCCGGAAAGAAAUCCAAUUUUAUAUGAAAUGUCUCCAUUUUAAAAUAAUGACUCAAGGUUGGGCGCAGUGGCUCACACCUAUAAUCCCAGCACUUUAGGAGACAGGCAGAUCACCUGAGGUCAGGAGUUCAAGACCAGCCUGGGCAACAUGGUAAAACCCCAUCUCUACUAAAAAUAGAAAAAUUAGCUGGGCAUGGCGGGGUGUGCCUGUAAUCCCAGCUACUUAGGAUGUUAAGCAGACAUCACGCCACUGCACUCCAGCCUAGGCGACAGAGCCAGACUCUGUCUUUAAAAAAAAAAAAAAGGCUGGGCCGCGGUGGCUCACACCUGUAAUCCCAGCACUUCAGGAGGCCAAGGCGGGCAGAUCACGAGGUCAGGAGAUCAAGACCAUCUGGCUAACAUGGUAAAACCCCAUCUCUACUAAAAUAUAAAAAAUUAGCCAGGCAUGGUGGCACAGGUCUGUAGUCCCAGCUACUCAGGAGGCUGAGGCAGGGGAAUCACUUGAACCUGGGAGGUAAAGGUUUCAGCGAGCCAAAAUUGCACCACUGCACUCCAGCCUGGGUGAUGGAGCAAGACUCCAUCUCAAAAAAAAAAAAAAAAGAAACCAAAAUUCAGUUUUGAUGUGAUGAGUAUCCCUAUCAGAAACCCAAGCACCAUUGUGGAAAUGACCUAUAGCUUAUUUUUUACUCUAAAGUAGGACCAAUGAAGGAAUUAUUGGCAUGCACUAAAGGAGAUAGCAAGAUGGGUCAGAAACACAUAUGAGAGUCAUUGGCAACACCCGGGUAAUGUAAGCUGGAGAGGGAUCCCUCAGGAGGGUGUGUUCCGGAUUUCUUGCCUCAGGCCCAAGACUCCAACCAUUUUAUAAUGGAAUCUUUAUUUUGUGAAAGUAGCGGGGACUCAUCUCUGGAGAAGGAGUUCCUUGGGGCCCCAGUGGGGCCCUCGGUGAGCACCCCCAACAGCCAGCACUCUUCUCCCAGCCGCUCACUCAGUGCCAACUCCAUCAAGGUGGAGAUGUACAGCGAUGAGGAGUCGAGCAGACUGCUGGGGCCAGAUGAGCGGCUCCUGGAAAAGGAUGACAGUGUGAUUGUGGAAGACUCAUUGUCUGAGCCCUUGGGCUACUGUGAUGGGAGUGGGCCAGAGCCUCACUCUCCUGGGGGCAUCCGGCUGCCCAAUGGCAAACUCAAGUGUGACGUCUGCGGCAUGGUCUGCAUUGGACCCAACGUACUCAUGGUGCACAAGCGCAGCCACACUGGUGAAAGGCCCUUCCACUGCAACCAGUGUGGUGCCUCCUUCACCCAGAAGGGGAACCUGCUGCGCCACAUCAAGCUGCACUCUGGGGAGAAGCCCUUUAAAUGUCCCUUCUGCAACUAUGCCUGCCGCCGGCGUGAUGCACUCACUGGCCACCUCCGCACACACUCAGUCUCCUCUCCCACAGUGGGCAAGCCCUACAAGUGUAAUUACUGUGGCCGGAGCUACAAACAGCAGAGUACCCUGGAGGAGCACAAGGAGCGGUGCCAUAACUACCUACAGAGUCUCAGCACUGAAGCCCAAGCUUUGGCUGGCCAACCAGGUGACGAGAUACGUGACCUGGAGAUGGUGCCAGACUCCAUGCUGCACUCAUCCUCUGAGCGGCCAACUUUCAUUGAUCGUCUGGCCAACAGCCUCACCAAACGCAAGCGUUCCACACCCCAGAAGUUUGUAGGCGAAAAGCAGAUGCGUUUCAGCCUCUCAGACCUCCCCUAUGAUGUGAACUCGGGUAGCUAUGAAAAGGAUGUGGAGUUGGUGGCACACCACAGCCUGGAGCCUGGCUUUGGAGGUUCCCUGGCCUUUGUGGGCGCAGAGCAUCUGCGUCCCCUCCGCCUUCCACCCACCAAUUGCAUCUCAGAACUUACGCCUGUCAUCAGCUCUGUCUACACCCAGAUGCAGCCCCUCCCUGGUCGACUGGAGCUUCCAGGAUCCCGAGAAGCAGGUGAGGGACCUGAGGACCUGGCUGAUGGAGGUCCCCUCCUCUACCGGGCCCGAGGCCCCCUGACCGACCCUGGGGCAUCCCCCAGCAAUGGCUGCCAGGACUCCACAGACACAGAAAGCAACCACGAAGAUCGGGUUGCCGGGGUGGUAUCCCUCCCUCAGGGUCCCCCACCCCAGCCACCUCCCACCAUUGUGGUGGGCCGGCACAGUCCUGCCUACGCCAAAGAGGACCCCAAGCCACAGGAGGGGUUAUUGCGGGGCACCCCAGGCCCCUCCAAGGAAGUGCUUCGGGUGGUGGGCGAGAGUGGUGAGCCUGUGAAGGCCUUCAAGUGUGAGCACUGCCGUAUCCUCUUCCUGGACCACGUCAUGUUCACUAUCCACAUGGGCUGCCAUGGCUUCAGAGACCCUUUUGAGUGCAACAUCUGUGGUUAUCACAGCCAGGACCGGUACGAAUUCUCUUCCCACAUUGUCCGUGGGGAGCAUAAAGUGGGCUAGCAACCUCUUCCUCUUCCCUCAGUCCACCACUCCACUACCCUGCCUGUAGGCAUCUAUCCCUGUCCCCACCAUUUCCCAAGGAGUUUUCCUUUGUAGCCCCCACUACUGGCUACCUGACCUCACACCUGAUCCUGACUCCUCCUCACCUAUUCUCCUCCUCUAUCCUGACCGAUUUAAGCAUUGUGAUGAAAUAGGUCUUUUGCUUAUGUUUUUCUUUUUUCUCUUCUCUUAUCCCAGCAUACAGAGUUAUUUAUUAAAUUGUUGAUUUUUUUUUGCCUUUUUUUUUUUUUUUUUAACUUAUAUCAGUCACUUGCCAUUCCCCUACCCUCCUGCCCACAGCUCCUUUCUACUUUAGGCCAAUUUUUCUCUUAGAUCUUCCAGCAGCCCCAGGGGUAGGAAGCUCCUCUUAGUACUAAGAGAUUUCAAGCUUCUUGCUUUAAGUCUUCACCUUUUACAUUAUCUAAUCCUUCAGUUUUGAUGCUGAUACCUCCCCCUGGUCCUACCUUAGCUCUGUGGCAUUAUAUCUCCUCUCUGGGACUCUUCAACCUGGUACUCCAUACCUCUUGUGCCCUCUCACUUUAGGCAGCUUGCACUAUUCUUGAAUGAAUGAAGAAUUAUUUCCUCAUUUGGAAGUAGGAGGGGCUGAAGAAAUUCUCCCCAGGCACUGUGGGACUGAGGGUCCUCUUGAUGUUCCUCUAGUAAUAUGAGUUCCUCAAAGCCUAUAUUCAGGAUCUCCCUCUAGGAUGUGAUAGAUCUGGUCCCUCUCCUCGAACAACCUCUCCACACUGCUCUAGUCCCUUCAACCUACGGGUCUAUUCAGUGGUGGCUUUUCUCUCCUUGGAGUGCCCCAAUUUUAUAUUCUCAGGGGCCAAGGCUAGGUCUGCAACCCUCUGUCUCUGACACAUUGGGAGCCACAGGUGCCUAAUUAGGAACCAGGACACGGGAAAGGGGUGGGUCAAAAUUCUUCUCUUUCUCCUCCACCCCUCAAACUUCUUCACUAGUGACCUUCCUAGGCUCUCAGGGGCCCCUUCAGUCCCCAUUGUAUGAGAAACUAGUGGGUUGCUGCCUGAUGACAAGGGGUUGUCUCAGCCCCUCAGUCAUGCUGCCUUCUGCUGCUCCCUCCCAGCAGGAUUCACCUUCUCAUUCCCGGGCUCCUGGACCCUGUUCUUAGGAUCAGUGGCAGGGAGAAACGGGUAUCUCUUUUCUCUCUUCUAAUUUUCAGUAUAACCAAAAAUUAUCCCAGGAUGAGCAUGGGCAUGUGCCCUUCACCCCAUUCCACCCUUGUUCCAGCAAGAAUGGGAUGGGUACAACUGAACUGGGGUCAUCCUUUACUGUCCCCUUCUGCACUCAGCUCCCAGACACAGGGUAGAGGGGGUACUUCUCCUGGCUACUGCAGAGACCCCUGGCUAUUUGAGUAACCUAGGAUUAGUGAGAAGGGGCAGAAGGAGAUACAACCCCACUGCAAAUGGAGGUCUCUUCCUACAAGAGUUUUCUGCCCGAGGCCACAGCCAUCCCACUCUCUGCUUCCUUGAGAUUCAAACCAAAGGCUGUUUUUCUAUGUUUAAAGAAAAAAAAAAAAAAGUAAAAACCAAACACAACACCUCACAAGUUGUAACUCUUGGUCCUCUCUCUCCUUUUCUCUUUCCUUCCGUCCCCUUUCAACUUUCUUUCCACAUGUCCUUUCCUAUUGGCUCUUUUGCCUCCUACUUUUCUCACUCCCUAUCAGGGAUAUUUUAGGGGGGAUGGUAAAGGGUGGGCUAAGGAACAGACCCUGGGUUUGGGGCUCCUAAGGGCUCUGAGAGGAGUCUACCUUACCUUCUUAUGGGAAGGGAGACCCUAAAAAUCUUUCUCCUCUUUGUCCUCCUUUUUCUCCCCGACUAUGAGGUUUCCCCAAGAGAACCAGAUUGGCAGGGAGAAGCAUUGUGGGGUGACUGUUCCUCCUUGACAAUGUAGCAAUAAAUAGAGGCUGCCAAGGGCAGAGAAUGGGGAGGUUAGCUCAGAGAAGAGUGGUCUCUAGAGAAAGGAAAAAUCCUCAACAGCACCCAGGGGUGCUAGCUCCUUUUCAGAAUGUCAGCAGAGCUUAGUAUCUGGGCUUUUCCUGAACUAUUCUGGUUAUUGAGCCCCUUCCUGUUAGAUCUACCCGUCCCACCUCUUCUGUGUCUGCUGUGUAUUUGGUGACACUUCAUAAGGACUAGUCCCUUCUGGGGUAUCAGAGCCUUAGGAUUCCCCCAUCCUCUUCCCCAGUCAGCUGUGGCACCUGUAACCUCCCGGAACAUGAAGGACUAUGCUCUGAGGCUAUACUCUGUGCCCAUGAGAGCAGAGACUGGAAGGGCAAGACCAGGUGCUAAGGAGGGGAGAGGGGGCAUCCUGUCUCUCUCCAGACCAUCACUGCACUUUAACCAGGGUCUUAGGUACAAAAUCCUACUUUUCAGAGCCUUCCAGCUCUGGAACCUCAAACAUCCUCAUGCUCUCUUCCAGCUCCUUUUGCAUUAAAAAAAAGGUAAAGAAAAGAAAAAAAAAAAACCCACACACUGAAACCCACAUGGAGAAAAGAGGUGUUUCCUUUUAUAUUGCUAUUCAAAAUCAAUACCACAAACAAAAAACUUUCUAAAUAGACACUUUUCCAGACCUUUGUUUUUUUGUGUCAGUGUCCAAGCUGCAGAUAGGAUUUUGUAAUACUUCUGGCAGCUUCUUUCCUUCUGUACAUAAUAUAUAUAUACAUAUAUAUAUUUUUAAUCAGAAAUUAUGAAGAACAAAAAGAAAAAAUAAACACAGAAGCAAGUGCAAUACCACCUCUCUUCUCCCUCUCCUAGGGUUUCCUUUGUAGCCUAUGUUUGGUGUCUCUUUUGACCUUUACCCCUUCACCUCCUCCUCUCUUCUGAUUUCCCUUCCCCCUCUUUUUUAAAGAGUUUUUCUCCUUUCUCAAGGGGAGUUAAACUAGCUUUUGAGACUUAUUGCAAAGCAUUUUGUAUAUGUAAUAUAUUGUAAGUAAAUAUUUGUGUAACGGAGAUAUACUACUGUAAGUUUUGUACUGUACUGGCUGAAAGUCUGUAAUAAAUAAACAUGAGUAAUUUAACACC